AUGGGUGACUGGAACUUAUUGGGUGGCAUUCUAGAGGAAGUUCACUCCUACUCAACCAUCGUGGGGAAAAUCUGGCUGACCAUCCUCUUCAUCUUCCGAAUGUUGGUACUUGGUGUGGCUGCCGAGGAUGUCUGGGAUGAUGAACAGUCAGCAUUUGCCUGCAACACUCAGCAACCAGGUUGCAACAACAUCUGCUAUGAUGAUGCUUUCCCUAUCUCUUUGAUCAGAUUCUGGGUUUUACAGAUCAUCUUUGUGUCAUCUCCUUCUCUGGUGUACAUGGGUCAUGCCCUUUACAGACUCAGAGACUUUGAGAAAGAGAGACAGAGGAAAAAGUCACACUUCAGAGCCCAGAUGGAGAAUCCAGAGCUUGACUUGGAGGAGCAACAAAGGAUAGAUAGGGAACUGAGGAGGUUGGAGGAGCAGAAGAGGAUCCAUAAAGUCCCUUUGAAAGGAUGUCUGCUGCGUACAUACGUUUUACACAUUUUGACCAGAUCUGUGCUAGAAGUGGGGUUUAUGAUAGGCCAAUAUAUUCUGUAUGGGUUUCAGAUACAACCCCUUUACAAAUGCACCCAACCUCCUUGCCCCAAUGCAGUGGAUUGUUUUGUAUCUAGACCCACAGAGAAGACCAUUUUCAUGCUCUUUAUGUACAGCAUUGCAGCCAUCUCCUUGUUACUUAAUAUACUGGAAAUAUUCCAUCUGGGCAUCAGAAAAAUCAUGAGGGCACUUUAUGAUCAAUCCAGCAGUGGGGACAUUGAGAAUGAAAGAGGUCCUCUUUUCCAUUUGAAGUCUUCAGGGACCCAGCAGUGUACGAUUUGCUCUUCCUUACCUGAAAGAACUUCUUUACUUCUAGCCAACAACUACCAACAUCAGGUCACCCACGUCAAUGUUCCAAAGUCUAAAACCAUGUGGCAUAUCCCACAGCCCAGGCAACUUGAGGUUGAUUUUUCCUAUAGCAAAAAAGAAUGGCCUGAGAUGGAUCAGCACAGCGGACAGCUCCAGUUCCACAGCCCAAGCCUCCAGAAUGGCAAUGCCAACAUUCAGCACCCGGGACAGCAACCAAACAAUUCCUCCUCUGGUCUACAGAACGGAAAGACGGUAAUGGCCUCUAGAAACUGUCCAUCCUAUAAAUUAGGAACGUGCGAACAAUCCCCGGACUUGGCACCCUCAGGUGAACCUGUCACCGAUUUGCACCGUCACUGCAGAGACAGUGAUGGCAGUGUGAGAGAGAGUGGGGUCUGGAUAGAAAGAUCUUACCCAGGCAGUCGCAAGGCUAGUUUUCUUUCCAGAUGGGUGUCUGAGAAGGGACAGCUGCACAGUGACUCAAGAAGCUCUACUUCUCUGAAUAGCUCUUGCGUGGACUUGCCGCACCGGGAAAACAGCCCCUCCCCUAUGCCCUCAUCCACUGGACACAGAACAUCAAUGGUAAGAAAGACAGACAGCCAUACCGACACAGAAUGA